GUUGACAUUACAUUCUAUUAGUCUAUAUAUUUACAAAGCUGACCAGAGUGGUGUUCGCAGCUUCAGCUGGAUAAAAUCCACCGUCUAUCACUCCCGCUAUGCAUUAUCCUUUUUCUCCUUGACCUGUCGCAAACUCUCUUCGCCCGAGCUGCGCAACCUCUCGUUCGUCUCCUCGCCCUCCUCCAACCGCUUCUCCUGCUGUGCAGCAUCGCCUAACAUGUGAUAGUCACCAGCCUUGGCACUCCCAUUCGGAACCCAAAACAUACGAUCAAAUCUGAUCAAAAGCAAGCCGAAGAUCACCACAAUCUCCAAUCCAAACUCGAUGAUAUAGAACGCUGGUUUGGAAUCCCACCACGCCGGGCUUGAAGCAGGUGGCGCAUCCGCCCAAGUCGUGCCGAAACGGAAGCCAAUGAUGAACAGAACGAAGAACAUCAUUAUGCUCAGGAUAACCGUCUUCCGCUUGAUCGAUCCCGUUCCAAAGUUCUCCGGAGCUGACUUCCUCGGCAGGAAGAUCGACAGACAAAGAACAACCAGCGCCGCAACAUUAAACAACAACAUAACCAAACUACUCGCCCUCUGCACCCAAAGCGCCACAUUUUUAAUCCCCGCAUCGAGCGUAUAAAAGCUCUCAAUCGUAAACGAAAUGGUCAACACAAACGCCACAAACAGCGCCACAUACAACACCCUACAAACCACCCUCAACUUCCCGCUCCACCCCAACUCCGGAUGCGUCGCCCUAAACAGCCUCAGCGCAAGGAGCAGCAUCACUAUAUAAGCGAUCAGGACGCCUGCAGCGGAGAAGAUCAUGGAUGCGAUCACGACGCUGGCGUUGGUGGGGCGGGUGGCCCAUACGAUGCGCAGGACGAAGGUGGCGUUUCGCGCCAUGCAGAAGCCGAAGAGGGCCCAGGACAUGAGGAAUUUGUGGGAGCGUCUUUUGCGGUUGAGUUGGAAGGUGGUCAUGUGGAGGAUGGCGCCGAGGAUGUAGAUUGCGAGGAGGACGGAGGAGAUGGGGAUGUCGAGGGACGGGGUGGGGUGUCCGCCGAUGAGGGCGUUCUUUUUGGGGAUGUAGGGUGGCUGGGGGGGAGAGGGAGAUUAGGAUGAGUUUGAUGAUGGGUUGGAAUGGAGAAGGACGGGGAGAGACUUACUCCAUGUUGUUGUUGGUCUUGUGAUUCAGACAUGGUUGAUAUUUCUUGCUUGGGACACAGUCAAUUAUAUAAAAGAUCCACGACCAAGUCUCGGCCUUCGGAAUGAACAUAUCAAAAACCCUCGCUUGACUCCAAAACCCGGCGAGACGUCUCCCCGUAUCAUCUUUGGAUUGGCCAUACAGAAUCAUGAUGCAACAGGACAUAACAAAAGGUGUUGGAGAUCUGGUCUCGGGCUCCGUUGCGGUCUAAUAUUUGGCGCGCUUCUGAGCCGCUAUUUGGAUCUAAGCGAGUAUUCGGCUUCCGUGUCGGGCCAAGACUUGGGUCAAUGACGCGGGCGUCGGGUCGGGAUGAUGAACCGCCGAUUCGCGUGGAGAGUCCAUGGCUUAGGUACAGACUGCUCAGUGCUCAUGAGUGUCAUCACGUAAUUGUGAGGAUAAUAUGGAUGUUGUCCCACGCUUCGCAGAUGUAACUUUGCGCUUGCUUCGUGGAUGUCGAGAACGUUGUGGUCUGGAAUUAAGCUUAUUUGUUCCAUGAACCUUGGCUGGGAUCUUUAUCAGCCACAGCGUUUCGGUCUCGAUUAAACCGUCCUUAAGUCCGAAGUCAUUAGAGUUCAUGAUAUCAACAAAGAGCCGUCCGAAUCUGUAACAUCAUGUCUUCCGGCCCGGAGCAGCACGAUGUAGCCGCUUCUGGUGUAUCGGAGACAGGCGGUAAAAGUGUCCGCAAAGGCACAAGAAGUUGUACAGAAUGUAGACAUCGCAAAGUGCGUUGUGUAUGGCCGUCUGAAGGAGCCUCAACAUGCCAAGGAUGUCUUACUCGUCGAAAGACAUGUGAGGUUCAAGUACGAAUGAGACGGACCAACGAGACCGUCUCAAGCACAUCGCGAGCUCGUUUGCAACACUUAGAAAAAGAAGUAUCGAGCCUGUGGAACGUCGUUCACCAACUGGAAGGGAGACUCAAUGCCGGCAUACCGGGUGGGCAUGUACAGACACCAGUGUCAGCAGUGUCGAGGGAGAAUCAGCCUGUCGAGUCUCCAAAUGAGAUACCUAGUGACGAGGAUGAACAGUUCGACUCGGAUGAUUCCGCGUUAUCUACAACCAACACGCCGAUCCAUCUCUUACAUCUUUUUGAUAACGGUUUACUUGAGCCUGAAUCUCAUUCAUCCAAUAACUCUGUCAGGCACCAUAGCAGCCUCAAACGUUCUCAUGAUCUAGCUGCAUAUCAAAAACUGUUUCCGACAAAGGAACUCAUGAUCAAGAUUGCAGCAUACGCUACGCCAUGGCUUUCUGUGUACAACUUGCUAUUUCCCCAAAGCAAUAUGCCGAGGACGAGUCAAGAACUGUUGGCCCAGUACGACCGGUGUGGCUCUCCAGCCGCCGAUCUACUGGACAUGGCAUCACUGCUCAUUUCGCUUGCAUUGACCGUCCAGCAGUUUCCAGAUGAUUUCACUGGUGAAGCGCCAGAUAGGAUACCAAACCCAGCAGCUUUUGUCAAAGAUGUCAGUGACUUGGUUGAGCGCACUGUCAGCAAUGAUGAGGUUUUGGGUGGGACUCUGGAUGGUAUUAGUACGACGUUGCUAUUUCUUAGAUUACAACUUGGCCAUGCGCCAGUAACCAAGAUGUGGCUGCUCCUCCGCCGAGUUGUCGCUCUGGCAGAGCUCAAUGGCCUGCCCCGCGCCGCAACAGCUUGGAAUAGGCACAAGGAAGCCAACCCUGGGGCCGAACCGAUUCUAGAUCCAUCUGUUCUCGCUUCACUGAGAAGUAAAGCCGAAGUCUGGACUUCCAUUUGUGCAAUCGACAGAGUACAAUCACUCAUGUGGUCUUUGCCCCUCGCGACAACGAAUUACCCCCUCCCGAAACAAGACAUUGUGGACGAAAAUGGCCAGGUCAAUGCCCAGGCAUUUCAAUACACCAUGAUAGAAUUCGCGAAACGAUUCCUCGAGGUAGACUGUCUCAACCAAGCCGGCCGCCCACUCGCAGAAAUCUUUCAAGUCGUCAUCGAAACAGAUCAGCAGAUGCGCGCGUUGAACAACCUUGUACCAAGAGGAUGGCACAAAAUAGAGUGGUCCGAGUUCAACGUCUCUGCCAUCCUUCAAUACUGGCAACAAUACAUGAUAAUACGGAUCCACCUCCAACUAGCCUUGAAGUACGACGGCCAAGAAUUCGUCUUCAGCUUCAUCACCUGUUUCGGCGCCGCGCAGGAACUCGUCAAACGGUACAUCUCUCUCCGUCCUCUCCUCGCACCAGGAUUCUUCGCAAACAGAAUUCUAGAUUUACAAGUCUUCACCGCUAUAGUAUUCCUCAUCCUAGCCGUCGCUCGCGGUUCCCUGGCUUCCAAUGCUUUCUUGCAAACUAUCGAUCCGAAUUCUGUGCUGGAACUGGUUGAUAAAGCAGUCGAGAUAAUGCGCUUCACUGCUGCGCGAGCGGCGGGGGCUUUUGCCAAGCAGGCCGCGGACUCGAUCUGUUCGUUGCGAGAACUGUUGCUGCAGCCUCAAACUUCGGAGUCUCAGAAGAUCACUUUGCAUCUUGCUCUGGUGGGGAAGAUACAUGUCUCUCGGAAGUCGAGGGGUGCGAAUAAUGUUUUGCCCUAUCCUCAAACGAAUCAGCAAGAACAGCAACAACAACAACAACAAUCAUCAGAUAUGUCUUGGCAGGCGUCAAAUCCAAAUGUUGGGAAUGUUGGGGGAGGGGAGGGGUUCUUUCCGCCUUCUGUUGAGGAUUUGAUGGAUUCGUUGUCGUAUUCGAUGGAGAUUCCGGAUAAUCAUCCGUUCUUUGUGGAUCAGGCUUCGGAAUCAGAGCCGUGGCUUACGUGGUCGGGGUGGGAUGGAGCACCUUGACGAAACUGAAAUUGCUUGGAAAUGGGAUUCAAUAUCCCACUGUCAUUUGCUGUAAGAUAUUAGAAUCGUGGCUCACGGGACAAGGCGAAACCACUGGUUGUAUGGUAUUUGUAUAAUAACAGGCCCCUCUCAAUCAGCUGACCAACACAAAGACAUGUUGUUUGCAGUAUCAGAAAGACAAAUAGGAUUACCUCCUUG